AUGGUAGUCACAAAGAUGAAAAAGUCUCUAGAGUCAAUCUACUCUAGGCUCCAAUUUGUUAUGAAAAGUGGAAAGUAUGUGCUAAGAUACAAACAAACUCUAAAGAUGAUCAGACAGGGCAAAGUGAAAUUGGUUAUCCUUACCAACUGCCCAGCUUUGAGGAAAUCUGAAAUAGAAUACUACACUGUGUUGGCUAAAACUAGUGUCCAUCAUUACAAUGGCAAUAAUAUUCAAUUGGUGACAACAUGCAGAAAAUACUACAGAAUAAGCACACUGGCUACGAUUGACCCAGGUGAUUCUGAUACUAAUAGAAGCAUGCAAGACCAGACUGGUGAAAAGUAA